AUGGUCGUCGCAACAUACCCGAAAGAGUGCGAGGUAAUCCAGCCCGCCCCGCCGCGCGCCCGCUCCGCGAUCCCUCUCUUCCUCAUCCACGACGGCGGCGGCACCACCUUCGCGUACCACUGCCUCUCCCCGCUCUCCCGUGCCGUCUUCGGCAUCGCCAACCCGCGCUUCCACUCCGCCACCCCCUGGGACGGCGGCGUCCCCGAGAUGGCGAGGGCCUACCUGCGCAUGAUCCGCGGCACCCUCGCCUCGCCCGAGUGGCCCCCCAUGGCCCCCUGCACGCUGACCAGGGACGGCAGGAAGAAGUGGAAGAUCCUGCUCGGGGGGUGGAGCCUGGGCGGGCUGCUGGCGCUGGAGAUCGCGCGGCUGCUGAACACGGGGGCCAACGCCCUCGGUCCGGACGAGGGCCCUGGUGAGGGGGAUGACGUGGAGAUAGCGGGCAUGGUCGUCAUCGACAGCGUGUACCCCGUGUGGCCUGUGGGGUCGGAGGUGAAGAUCGGGACGUGGAUCGAGACGGAGGAGCCGGAGCACAAGAACCUGAAGCUGGCGCGGCAGGCGAUGAAGCUGGCGGGCGGCAUGGUCAAGGUGUGGAGGAUGCCCAAGUGCGGCGCGGCGUUCCGGAACGGGGUGGAGUACGAGAGGCGGGAGGGCGAGGACGGGGUGGAGAAGUCGUUUUACGGGAGCCGGGAGGACAAGGAGACGGCGGAGGUGGUGUGGGACCGGCCGCCGCGGGCCGUGCUUGUGAAGGCUGCGGAUUGCGUGCCGAUGCCCGGGGAGGGGAUCAGUCCUGUUGACGUCUACCGCGGGGACGCGAAGCUGGGGUGGGAUGGGUAUUGUCCGGGGUAUGUCGAGAAGAGUCUUGUGACGAAGGGGAACCAUUUUGAUAUGUUCUCGUGGGGGUAUAUUGAGGACAUUACGGCGCAGGUUUCGGAGGCGUGUCGUAUUUUGGAGGGUGGAAAUUAA